AUGAUUGCGUCUUGCUUUCUGAUUGGUUUAAAAACCUCUCAGAAGCCAACACAGCUGGCAAGAGGACAACAAAUAUGCCGGAAACUGAGAUCCACAAGCUCUGGUGACAAACCAUCAGUUGUCAGGAAGCAUGAUGACCCCACAAGUACAUCUCAAGAGGCUGGUGGUGCACCAUCAUCAAGAAGCUACAGUAGUGAACCAGGCCCAUCUACAUCUCGACAAACUGAUGCUGCACGUUUAAGAAGAGGUGGGGCAUUGCAUUUUAUAAUGUAUCAGUAUGAUAAUAUUUCUGCCAUUCUGAUUAAUGCUGGCAUUUUCCAAUAAUUUUCAAGACAAAACACAUGGCAAUGUUACAACUUCAUCUUAAUCAGCUUAGGUAGAACAGAGCCAUCACGUUUGUCUCAUAGCAUCUCCCAU